UCGAUACUGUAAAUAAUAAUCUUUCAUCAUCAUCAUCAUCAUCAAAUUAUUUAAUGUCGAUAACAAUACAAUGCUAUCUAACCAUAAUGGCAUUGAUCUUUAUUACAUCAUCAUCAUUCAUCACCAUUGUCGAUGCACGUCGUUCAGUAGUGAAUGCAACCAAUUUUUCCAUAAGUCCUCCCAAUCGAGCUCGUAUACAAUAUAAAACAACAUAUGCCUGUGAACAUCGUGAAUUACAGCUAAAUUGUGAACCAAAUGAAUCAAUACAUUUGGUACGUGCCAAUUAUGGCCGUUUUAGUCUUAGUAUAUGUAAUGAAGGUGGACGUUUAGAUUUAAGCGUCAUGUGUAUGUCUUAUCGUUCAUUUCUAAUCAUGUCCGACAGAUGUAGCAACAAAUCAAGCUGUAGUGUCAUCGUUUCAAGUAAAUUAUUUGAUGAUCCAUGCCCAGGAACGGCCAAAUAUCUUGAAGUUCAAUAUCAUUGUGUUCAAGGCUCAUCCUCUUCAAUCAUGUCAUCACAAUCUUCCUCAUCAUCAUCAUCAUCAUCAUCAUCAUCACAGUCACAGUCGACAUCAUUAUUAUUACAGACAACCACUCGUAGACCACCAAUUGAGACUUCCUUAGUGAACAAUACAAUUCCGGUUAUUCUGAAUAAUAAUAAUAGUCCAAUAGAUACAGUGUUUGUACCUCCACCACCACCACCACUACAAUCAUCAUCAUCAUCACCACCACCUACAACCGAUUCAUCGUAUAUGACACAUGCUGAAGAUCAGCCCAUUUUAACAUCAUCAGAUUCAUCUGAUCGAUUUAAUUUACGAUGGAAUAAAACUAAUAUAGCCACUAUGGUUGAACAUUUUGAUAAUACAUUGCCUUUAACAAUAUCACCAUUGUUGCCCUUUAAUACGGCCGAUAAUAAUAAUCUUGAUAUACCGAUCGAUCAAUCAUCACCAUCAUCGUCAUCGAAUAUAUUUGUUCGUACACAAGAUAAUUCAUUAAAUUCAAUAUAUGGUUCUAUUGAUAAUGGCAAUAAUGUUAAUAUCUCACCGGAAGAUUAUUGUCCAAGUUCAUUUGUACGUAGUCUUUUUUGGAAUUCGAUUCGAAAAAAUGAAAUGACAAGUCAAAAAUGUCCAGGAGGUGCUACCGGUUUUGUUAAAUGGCGUUGUAUUUAUAAUCAUGAUCUAGACAUUGUUGAAUGGUAUCCACCAAGACCGGAUUUUAGUGAAUGUCGUUCAUUAUGGUUAGAUAAUCUUGAUGAACGUUUAAAUAAUCGAGAAUCGGUCAUUAAGAUUGCCAAUGAAUUGGCAUUGAUGACAUUGACUAAGCCUUUAUAUUCAGAAGAUUUAGUUAAAAUUGCCAAUAUUAUACAACAAUUUUUAGAACACACUAUAACCAGUAUACAAAGCUUACAAACGGUUGAAGUUUGGCAUAGACAUCAAGUUCUUAAAGAAUUAUUAACAUUUAUUGUUGAAAUUGUAAGCAAUUUACUUGGUAAUGGCCAAGAUGAUGCAUGGCUUGAUUUGAAUAUUAUUAAUCGUAAAGAAGUUGCAUCAGCAUUGAUCAGAUCAUUGGAAAAAAGUGCCUUAUUAUUAGCUGAUAAUACUAAUCAUGAUGGUUCUACUGCCAUUGCUCGUCCUAAUGUUUUGGUCUCUGUACAUGUUCUUGAUACUGGUAUGCCUAUAAGUUUACAAUUUCCCACUUAUGAAGAUAUAACCGGAACAAAUGAUUGGACACGAAUGGAAGAUUCUAUAUUUUUACCUGCACAAUCUUUAGUUGAUCAUUCACAAGGAGGCCUUGCUAAAGUAUCAUUUUUUGCCUAUUAUCGUAUUGAAGAUUUAUUGAAACCAUCACCACAGACUGAUUUUGAACGUUAUAAUAUUAUUCAUAUGGCAAAUCGAUUACCAAUGAAUACAAGUCAUCAGAAUUUAAUGCUUAUAAAUUCACAUGUAAUCGGUGCCACACUAUCACAUGAUGGUACAAUUGAUGAUCAUCCAACACCAUUAUCACAACCAGUGACCAUAAUAUUACGUCAUAUACAGGUGGAAAAUAUAUCAAAUCCACAAUGUGUUUAUUGGAAUAUGAAACAUCAAAAUUGGCUAACCGAUGGUUGUUGGGUUGAAUCAACAAACAGUACACAUACUAUUUGUAUGUGUAAUCAUCUUACACAUUUUGCUGUUUUAAGUGAAAUCAAAACUAUGGCCGACAAUCAAUUGGAUAAUCAAACAAUAAACAUUGGUCGAUCAUUAGUAAUGGGCAGCUGUUCAAUCAGUAUGAUUAUAUUGGCAUUAUUGACCAUAUUAUUAUUUUUAACACCGGUUGGCAAUAAAAUCACCGCUUCAAAUCAUCGUAAUCUUUAUCUUACAUUAUUCAUAUCGGAAUUCAUUUAUGUUUGUAUGAUGAAUACAAUGGAUAAUGGUACAAUGUUUACGGCUUGUUUGGCUAUGUUGCAUUAUUUUUUAUUAACAUCAUUUUUUUGGACAUUUUUUGCUGCAUUCGAUGUUUAUAUGCAAGUAAAUCUAAUUUAUGAACAUUUUAAAUCUUCAAAACGUCUUUGGUGGUAUUAUUCAUUUGCCUAUAUUGGACCAUUGGUCAUUGUGAUCGUUUGUUUUACACCAUUGCCAACAUAUUAUAGCCAAUUUUUAUUGUUAACAUCGGCCAACAAUUAUGUUCAUCUUUCAUUUAUUGGUCCAUUCAUUGGUCUUGUAUUGGCUAGUUUAAUUUUUAUUUUGUUUGCCUUUGUCAUCAUAAGAAAUCAUACGAUAUCGGCAACAACUAUUAAAUGUUUUGAUGAUAUACGUCUUGGUUGUUCAAAAAGUUCGAUCAAUUGGAUUCUAUUAUUGACAUUGUUUCAAUCAAUAAAUUGGCCAUUAGCUUUUGCCAAUAUGUUUACACAGCAACAGCAACAACAACAACAACAGCAUUCACAAAUAAUUGCCAUCAUAUUUGCUUCGUUCAAUUUAUUAUUUGCAUUAUUUGUGGGCUUGUAUUGUGUACUUAAGACAGAAAAUAUUCAACAUUCACUAAUAUUUCGUUAUCUACCAUUUUCAUUUGGUGGUAAUAAUCACCAUCAUCAUCAUCAUCAUCAUAACCAUCAUCAUAAUCAUCGAUCUCAAAUAUCAAGUAAUAAUAUGACAAAACAAUCGACCACUUCGGACGUUUAUUCUACACGGCCAGUUGUCACACAAAUCACUUCUACACAAGUGAAUGGCAUUAAUGUACAUACACCGAUCGGUGCUGGUGGUAUUGGUAUUGGUGGCCAUUCACCUUCAUCACCAAAUGCAAUUAGUCCAGUAUCAUCAAUGUCCAUGUCUCAAUGUAUUGGUCCAAUGCAGCAACCAUUGCCCAUUUCACAUACCACACAAUGGAACUUUCAAACUGUUCAUCAUCAUCAACAACAACAACAACAGCAACAACAACAAGAUUUAAUGAACAACAACAAAAAUAUUUGCAAACAAGAUCACCAAUCUAUUUUGGGACAACAACAACAGCAACUACAGCAACAACAAGAAAUCAAUACCCUUUUGUAUAAUUAUAGUAAUAUUGAUAUGGAUCAAUCAAAAGUAUCUAAUCAAGAUAUUCAACAACAACAACAGGAACCAAUUAUUGAAUUUAAUACAAAAUUAAUUGAUAAUUUUUCAUUACGUAAAAUCAAAACCAAACCAAUGAUUGAUCAAUUUGGAACAUUACAUAAUUUGAAUGGAAAUCAUCAUCAUCAUCAUCAAUUUAUUCGUCGGCUAAAUCAACAGCAGAAUAAUCAUCAUACGCCAUCUAACGUUGAUGAUAAUAAAUACAUCAUACAAAUGAAUACAAAUAGACAUCAUCAUCAUUUAUCGAAUAAUAUUGAUCAUAUUUAUGAAAGUAUCGAUAGUGAUUCAUCGGCAGCUACUUUGAAUGAAUAUAAUCGUCGUUUACAGCAAUUGAAUUCACCAUCAUCGACGAUUAUUUAUGGCCAAAAAUCAUCAACAACAACAGUCAAUCAAGAUGAUGAUCUCAGUACAUCGUCUAUUUAUGAGGAUAGACCAUUAUUAUUUACAAAUAAUUCAAGACGAUUAUUUCAAUCACAACCACAACAACAUCAUUAUCAUUCGAAUGCAAAUAUUUAUGAUAAAACAAUGGCCGGUAAACAUAAUGAUGAUGAAAAAAUGAUGAUAAUCGAUAAUAAUAAUCAUCAUGAACAACAACAACAACAACAACAACAUGGCCAUUCGAAUAUUCUUUGGCAUCUGAGUAAAGAUUCACCAGUUUGUUUACCAGAUUUAAUACAGAAAUCAACAAAUCUACUUGUAUCAUAUUCGGCUGAAAAUAAAAUCCAUAAUAAAGUGAUAAUGAAUGCAAAUCAAAAUACAGCAACAACAACAACAACAACAACACUGUUCCAGAAACAGCAACCUAAUAAUAAUAACUAAUUCAAGAACGAAAUAAAUCGAUUCUGAUUCCUUUUUUUUCACAAUAAAUUGUAUUUGCCAAACAAAAAAAAAUCUCAUAAAAUGCUAGUCUUUCAACAACAA